UGCAUCAGCAUCGUUCAGUUUUAGGGGAAACAUAACGAUACGAAACGUAACGAAACGUAGCAAAACGAGAACAGUGAAAUAACGAUGAAUAACCACUUGAUUGUGCAUAUCCCAGACAAGCAGCUACACGACCUUCACCACCAACCCACUGAGAACGUUUUUGCUUCAGCCAUAGACCCAAAGCAUGCCAACCAGAUUGUGAGGCGUUUGAAUCAGAUAGCACCACUCGAAAACCUCCGUCACGUGAAACGAAUUCAGAAGAACGUUCUAGAAGGAGGACAAAUACAUCUAUCUGUGAUCUUGUGUCUGGCAUCUGAAGGUGACAAUCAAUUGGAUAAUGUGCCACCUCAUCUUCAGGAGUUGAUCAAUUCGUAUCAGUUGAGUCCUUUUAUCACAAAAGUCUGCAAAUAUGCUGCCACAUCAAAAGAAGAGUGGCAAGAGCAAUGCAAAUUUUGGCCUACGUCAUAUCAUCCGAGGACUUACAACAUUGAUGGCAUUACUGGAUUUAGCGAGGAGGACUCACAAUUAGUUUUGAAGUUUAUGCAAUCAUCUAUUGAGUUGGCAACAUCUGAAGGCUUGGUAGUCAAUGCUGCAGUGAUAGUGGAUCCUUCAGCUAAGCAAAUAAUUUCUAGUGCACGUGAUCAGGUUUUUGCUUGGAACUCUUGCAAAGAGGACAGUAGCAUCGACUCCAGCUUCUAUAAAAAACCAGAAUUAUUAAGUUCCAAUCCUAUUUCCAAUGGAUUUACACCCCAUGAACCAUUGCAUACAAAUGGUUCCUCCAAUCAGCUCAAACAACCAUAUAAGGGUGUUGCUUGUUUAUAUCCUUGGCAAUGGGCUGAGCAGCAAUCACAUUCACAGAGUUCAUGUCAUUGGCAUCCUUUGCAACAUGCUGCCAUUGCAGCUAUAGAAUCAUCUGCUGCCAGGGAUAGAUCUUUUUUUCCCAGUGAGGGGAACAAUGAAGAAAAAUAUUUGGAACUGGAUCACGAGAAUUCUUCUUGGACAAGCUCUCCUACAAAGAGACAGAAAAUUGUUUGUGCGAAUGUUGAGGAUGAUGAUAAAUUGAAUACUCAUAGUCUGACUUCUGACCAGCUGUCAGCGCGCCCGUACUUAUGCACUGGUUAUGACAUCUAUCUUGUUUGGGAGCCAUGCCCAAUGUGUGCUAUGGCUCUUGUCCAUCAGAGAAUUAGGCGGAUAUUUUAUGCUUUCCCAAACCCUAAUGCCGGUGCCUUGGGUAGUGUUCACAGAUUACAGGGAGAGAAGAGCUUAAAUCAUCAUUAUGCUGUUUUCAGGGUUUUGUUACCUGAAGAAGCCCUCCAUAAACAUCAUGCUUAAGUUGCAGAAACUGAGGAAGCCAGUAUUUGUUAAGUAGCAGAUUAGCUUCUUAAGAUGCAAGAGAAGAUGAAGGCUUUUAGCUGGGAAAACUAUUUAUUAGUGAAUUUUGAUAGUUCGGUAAUUUAUUAAUUGUUAGAACGGUUUUCUGAUAGGACUCGCCUUAGGAUUCUCAUUUUUUUGGUUGUUUUUGUAAGCAUUUUUUGUCCUUGUCAAGGAAACCAGGGUCAUAUUGACCCAUGUUCCAAUAUAGCUAUGUAUUCAGAUUUUGCU